AAGCUUGUUUCGAGGAAAACUCGCUUGUAGCUCGUUUUCAACAUCACUACGAAAGAAAAGAGUCAUCAAUUGUGCAGUAAAAACGUUUUGCUCUUGAUUUAUCGAUCCGGAAAAGUCGAAUCUGUGAAUAUCUUGCCAACUUUACCGAACUAUUUUCUAGAGUCCAGUCCAGCAUGGGUGUACUACGGUCAGGAGUUCUUCUCUACUGUCUUCACGUUAUUUGCGCAGGCGUGUUUGCUGAUGUUUGGAAGGUACAUGUAGAGCCUGAAAUGAAGGCUCUGGUCUCAUCUUGUGUCGUGUUGCCCUGUUCAUUCAAAUACCCUGUUCAAGAACAGCCCUCUGAUCGUAUAAGAGCUAUGUGGCACAUGAAGGACAACUGGAAUGAUAUUAUUUUUCACAAAGACUCUACAAGGGUAAAAGACAGUUUCAAGGGUCGUACAAAACUGAUUGGUUCACUGGGUCGUUCCAACUGCUCCUUGGAGAUCGAUGAGGUCAAAAACCAUGACAACGGCCCGUAUUGUUUCAGGGUGGAAUUAGAAACAUCUCAAAAAGACAAGUACUCCUUUGUGAAAAACUGUGUGUCGAUUAAAAUGAUCGAGCAAGCAUCAAAACCAGAGCUGCAGGCUGAGCAGUCUGUGCCGGAGGGUGAACCUGCAGUCUUCAAGUGCUCUGUCCGGCACACCUGUCCGUCUUACCAGCCCACUCUCACCUGGAGCCACACUGGAAAAGCCACCAUAAACAUAAAGGACAUUCGUCAUGGAAACUGGGAAACAGAGUCUGUCCUGACCUUCGUCCCUCAAAAAGAGGAUGAUCACACCUCUAUCACAUGCACAGUCAAGCACCAUGGGAAUGUCGAGGGCAAAAUGACAGCGACUCACCGUAUCUUUGUGAAAGAACAAGCAACUCUCAGCCACAUUCUCAUACCAGUCAUCUCUUGUCUUGGAUCUGCUCUUUUGUUUGGAUUACUGUGUUUCUUCAUUGUCAAGAAGAGAUACAAGUCCAGACCUGCAGAGUUUACAUCUCAAGGGGGACAGAAGGUAAUUACCAGGAAAACACUGGAAGAAGGCACACACUCCACAGUUGUGUUCAGGUGCCAGAGAACAGAGGCAAAUACCCAACAGCUUCUAAUUCAUUCUUCUGCAACAAACCAGGACAAAACAGAUCCUCUGGUGGUAAAAUACUGAAUCUAUGGCAUGUUUUUGAUUUUAUUCAUGGUAUAAUCCAGUUAUUUUAUGACUUUAGCAGGAACUGAAGAUGUAGGAUUGGAAACUACUGUAAUCCAUUAUUUGUAUGAAAAAUGGUUUGUCAAAAGUUUAUGAAUCAAGGAAUUAUUUUAGAUUAAUCUGCUCUUCAUGCUCAGAUACAAUGUUAUACUUUUC